UAUUUCCGCACCCGCUCGGCCGCUCUGCUACUGCUAGAGUCCACCUCCCUCCCUCCCCAGCCAGCCAGCCAGCCCCACCCGCACGGCCACAGCAGCCACCGGCAGCCGGCCCUCCGCCCCUCUCCCGUCGGCAUCCAAUCCUCCCCGUCUCCUCAUUCCCCAGCGAUUCAUUCCUCGAGGACGGAAUUGAAGCUUCUCGUUCUUGCCGCCCAGCCUCUCCUCCGUCGCCUCACCGCUCCAGGAACUUUGGAAAUUAUGUCUCUUUGAGGGGAAUCGAGGGCCUUGCCCGUACCUGUCUGGGCUCCAUGUCUAAGUGGGAGCCAGUCACAUUUGAGGAAUCUCUUAGCUUUGUCAAGAAAGUAAAGGCACGUGACUAUAUGCUAUACCUAUCACUGCUUGAUGUGCUCAACCGGAACGAUCAAAUCCCUCUCGAAGCUUACAGCGAGCUUUCACUUCUCUUCCGGCAUCAUGAAGAUCUGCUAGCAGAGCUGUCAAAGUUCAGGCCCCUCCCAUGUCCGAACAACAUAUAUACUCACGGUUCGAUCUGGAUGAUCAUAUUCCUCAUGCCCUUUCUGCUCCUGAGCCUUGUCCUCGCCUUUGAGAAGCCAUUGAAGUGCUUUCUGGUCCAGUAGCCUGCGGCAAGCUGAAAGGCUGCAUCGUGACGCAAGUCUCAUCAUUUUUUUGGGUCAUUGGGUCGACCCAAAACUGGAUAAAAUGAAUUAGAAUGGCAUGCUAUGUAAUUAGUUUGAGAGAAAAAAUAAACUAAAAUGAGAAACCCAAAAACAUCGAUGGGUACCCACUUGCAUCUCUAAUGUGGUACUAGUGACCAAGUGUACAUAUAUGUAAAUGGAUUGCGUCCUGCAAUCUUUAUGAUGCCCUUGUAUUCUCAUGCACGGCAAUAAUAUACAGUGUGAUCAAA